CCUGAGAACCCUGCGCUCCUCUCACCACCUCCACCCGCCUCAGCCCCAGGCACCACCAUGACCGGCUCCUGCUGCGCCCAGCCCUGCUGCCAGCGCGACCCCUGCUGCUGCCGCCCCGUGUCCUGCCAGACCACCGUGUGCCGCCCCGUGACCUGCGCGCCCCGCUACACGCGCUCCAUCUGCGAGCCCUGCCGCCGCCCUGUCUGCUGCGACCCGUGCAGCCUGCAGGAGGGCUGCUGCCGCCCCAUCACCUGCUGCCCCUCGUCCUGCCAGGCCGUGGUCUGCCGCCCGUGCUGCUGGGCCACCCCGUGCUGCCGGCCGGUGUCGGUGCAGUCCCCGUGCUGCCGCCCGCCCUGCUGCCAGCCCGCCCCCUGCCGCACCGUCUGCAGGACCUUCCCCUCUUGCUGCUGAGCCACGCACGGACUGCCAGGAGCAAACAACCAACCUUCUGCAAAAGUUCUACUCUCAUUUCUCUACCUGACAAACUUCCUGCCCUGAACCAUCAAGACCCCAAAUCACCCAGGAGUUGAAAAAGAUCCAGAUUCAUCCAUUAAGCCUUGGGCUGUUCUCAAGGAACAGCAACAACUUCCUUCUUCCCCUCUGAGAUCUUAAGUCUUGCAGCAUGAUCGUUUUCUAAUAAACUUCUCUUUUUUUGGCCUGGCAA